AUGCCACCAAACCCUACCACCCUCACCACGCACCCAACCUCAACAACACCACACACCCACCUCAUCUACUACCUCCUCAUCUACCUCCUGCUGUUCGCCCCUCCCAACAACACCACCGCACUAGCCCAAGUCGCGCCCUUCCCCUUCCCCUUCCCCGUGCUCCCCCAAGAAUUCGCCUCCAAAACCGCCUGCCGCGAAGUCUACGACCAAUGCAUGCAAGCCUUCCGCGACUGCCUCGCCGCCGUCGCCGGCAACGAGCCGGGCCGCCUCGGGUGCGAGGCUUACAGGAACGACGUGUGCGAGGAGCACAUCAGGGUCGGGUGUGACCAGCUGCCGAACGGCGGGGGCAGCAUCGGGGAGGUGCCGUCGUUGACGACCUUUUUGACGGUGGUGCCGAUAGGCGGGACGACGGAGGUGGCGGUGGCGACGACGACGACGACGGCAACUAGGGUGAAGUCGAAGACGACGGCUCCCGUGCCGGUGCCGACGGAUGUGCCUACGCCUACGCCGGACCCUCCAGACCCUACCAUGACUCGAGAUGUACCGAUAGUAAUAACAACCACUACAACAGCCCCGCAACAGCAGGAACCGCCAAGGUUAACAAUAACAUUAACAUCCACGGCUACAGAAUCAACAUCGGGGAUGUCGGGGCCGGGCUCGCAAACAGUUAUAGUGAUUACGACCGUAGUGGCUGCGACCACAGAGCCGGCCACAAGCACAACAGUGACGAGGGGGUUGUCGUUUAAUGUUGUUUCGUCUGGUGUGAGGUGGGGGUCGGGUUAUUUUUUUUCCCUCCCUUUAUUUCGGUGCCUGAGAUAUGGUGGAUGUUAUUGA